GCUGUAAAACGCCUCCAGAAGGAGCUCCUCAACCUUUCUCGAGACCCCCCAAAGCUGUGCUCUGCAGGGCCAGUGGAAGACGAUAUGUUCCAUUGGCAGGGAUAUAUAAUAGGGCCCAAGGACAGCCCCUACCAGGGAGGAGUCUUCAUCCUUAGUAUCCGAUUCCCGAAGGAGUACCCCUUAAAACCACCGAAGGUCCUAUUUAAAACCCAAAUUUAUCAUCCCAGCGUAAAUCAUAAUGGGUAUGUCAGCCUGCCCAUCCUUAAUUCCCAGUGGUCCCCGGCAUACACAGUCUCCAAAAUAUUGCUGUCAAUCAGUGCCAUGCUGUGUGAUCCCAGACCACAAGAUAUCCUAGUUCCAGAAAUGUGGAAGAUGUACAUAAGUGAUAAGCCAAAGUAUGAUGUCUUGGCUCGAGCAUGGACUAGGAAGUAUGCUAUGUAA